AUGGACUUCAGCAGCAUUCCAGCGGGCGUACCACCACCAGGCAUCACACCUAACCUCUCGAACCCUGCGGACCGGCUGAAGACCGUGAUUAUUGCUUCAGCAUUCAUUCAAGUCAUUACUUUUGUCUUUAUCGCUAUACGCGUCUACGUCAAUGUCUGGAUGCGGAAGGUCUGUCUUGAAGACGUCUUCUUGUACAUCGCCUGGUGCGCCUUCGUUGCUCAGACGAGUCUGACAAUACAUGCGGGUACGACGGGUGUCAUGCGGCAUUUGUGGGAUAUGAACUUGGCUGUGUUGCUGGAUGGGAGCUAUCAUUACAACAAUACGGUCAUUUGUUAUACCAUCAGCGGGGGGUUCGCAAAGGCUGCAGUGUUUCUGCAGCUCAAGAAGAUCUUGACUACGCAGCUGCGUGGUGCGGUGUACUGGGUCAUUAUGGUCUCGCUGGUCGCGAACGCAAUCGCAUAUACGGUGCUCCUCUUCCUCUACAUCUUCAACUGCUGGCCGCUUGAGAAGAUGCGCAACCCACUGCUUCCUGGGCACUGCUUGAACUGGCAGCCGUCGGUCAUAGCCAUUGGCGUCGUCAAUCUUGUAUCCGACAUCGAGGCCCUGUGCGUGCCUAUUUGGGCCAUCUGGACACUAAGCCUAGAACUCAAGAGGAAGUUUCAGAUUUUUGCCGUAUUCGCUGUAGCCUUGCUAGCCGUAGCUAUCGCCAGUCUUGGACUUUACUUCAGGGUGCUAACGGCACGUCGCUAUGAUUACACAUGGCAUCUCCCGCAGAGUGCGAUAGUAAAUAUAGCUGAGCUGGGAACCGUCAUCGUUGUGGGCUGUUUUCCAGCACUUGCACGAAUAUUAUCUCAUGCUAAGCGUAAAGCUGCACCGCCUCCUCCUAGGUAUUUCCAUUCUGUGGUGCGGAAUAAAGCAAGGCCAAGGAAGGACACGCUCAAUGAUAGCCACGACAGUGCGGGGCAGGAAUCGAAUUCGAUCGUGAUGCUUGAAACGUAUGGGUAUAACAACAGCAUCGUCGAUCACAGGGGGAGUGAGGUUUCAUUUGGCGGUGAGAACGACGUGCAUGCCAUAUCGAGCCCGAUUGUGUCUACUGCCGACAUGACGGUCUAG